UUUUGCAUUAAUUAAUCAUGAUUUAAAAUAUCGCUAAUUAAAUUGAAAUUCAUUUUACUUUCAGAUUAUGUAGUUCUGUAUAACAAACAUCUAUUUACUUGACGUAAAUAGAAGUUGGUAAUUAUGUGUGUUAACUGAAUGAUGUGAAAGGUGUUAAUAUUUUAACACUUAUGGUUGACAACGAGGAUACAAUCCUGCUUGUGAGUGGUAUGGUUUGAGAAGACCAAUUUAUUUUACUCUAUAGAAGUUUACAUUGGAAUGAUGGCAAAGACAUAUCAACAAGUUUUUUAUUUGAGUGUCUUGUGUUUUGUGACUGGAAAUGCACAAUUUUCAAUGGAUAAUAAAAUAAGUGCAUUUGAUUUAAAUUUAUAUGAAAAUGUUUUGGAUCCGAAAUUAUGUAUGAAGCAGAUAAGAUACAUGGCUGCUAACAACUCUGUGCUGUUAGCACAAUUCUUGGACGCUGGUUUGAGACUACCCAAAGGAUUUUUUGAUGGCAAUGCAGAUGACCUUGGGAAUUUUUACCAAUGUCUGGCUAUAGAUGCACCAUUUGAAGAAUCUCGUAUUGCUGGAAAGUAUUGCAUAAUACAGGUCCCACUAAGUCAGGAUCUAACUCUGCCCGGCUUCUCAGCAAAGGCUGAUGCUUUAGAUGUUAGUAAAUUUAAGUUGGGACCAGCCGCUCAACUUGUGUUAGAGAAAUAUUAUACGGGUAUCAAGGGAUAUCGUGCAUUAUCUGGCACACAUUUAGAAGACAGAGUUGCACAUGUCACCGGAACAAUGUUUAAAUUGGCGGUAUGCAUUCCACGCUCAUGUACCACAGAGGUAGCAAUAACUACAUUAUUGUUUAACCUUUCCACUAUCGGAUUUGAUUAUCAAGAACAAUUUUGUCGUCUACCCAACGACAAACCGUGGGUGUCGGCUGAUUCAGCGGCAGUACUUAUUUUCUCUAUGAUUGGUCUUCUAACACUAAUGAGCAGCGUGUAUGAACUGACGCAUAUAUUCCUGUUAAAGACAGAUACGAAGUCUGUCAACAUCUAUUACCGUUCAUUUUCCAUAUACAACAACACACGUAGUUUAUUUCAUAUCCCUAAAGAACAUCAUUCACUGCAGUGUAUCAACGGCAUUAGAACUAUAGCCACUGUGUGGAUUAUCGUAGGACAUUCUUUCUCCUCGUUGUCUGGUUUACUUAACCCUUUCAAAGCCUGGGAGUGGAUGAUAUCAGUCGAUGGCUUAUGGGUUUCAUCAACGCCUAUCACAGUGGACACAUUUAUUGCAAUCACGGGCAUGCUUUUAGUUUUCACAACCGCUAAGAAAAUGGAUGCAGGUGCUUUGCUUCAUAAUCUUCAUAUAUUUUAUUUGAAUCGCUUGCUCCGUAUGUUUCCGUUACUCGCGACGGCGGUAUUGUUGGACGCAUCUGUGUUCCAUAAAAUGGGAGACGGGCCGUAUUGGAUGGCGGUCGCGACCAACGCACAAAAAUGUAGAGAAUAUUGGUGGACCACGUUGUUGCAUUUGCAAAACUAUCUCAAUCCGAGAGAUAUGUGUGUACCACAUUCUUGGUACGUCGCGGUGGACGUCCAGCUUCAUAUGCUGUCGCCUCUGGUGCUGUACUGGGUGUUGCGAGGGCGGCGACGAGUCGCGAGCGCCGCGCUUCUGCUGGCACUGACUGCUACGUUGAUUGUGUCCGCGAUUUAUAACGGUUUCAUGGAUCUACCAGCGCAUACUAUUUCACCAGCACGCAAUGAUCGUGUAAUGGAGUACAUGACAAAGUAUUACUUUCAUAUAAUAUCUCGAAUCGCUCCGUUCCUCGUGGGCAUGAUGUUUGGAUAUAUUCUUCAUCUUUGGCGAGGGAAGAGGGUUUUGAUCAAUGUGUUCACAGUGCAAGGUCUGUGGGUGGUAUCACUGUGUGUGAUAUCCGGCACGCUUUACAUGCUGCACCGCGUGAAGCAGCUGGACUGGCAGCGGCGCGCGGCGGACGCGGCUCUCAACACGCUUAUGCGACCGUUGUGGGCCGCCGCCAUCGGAUGGAUAGUAGUCGCCUGCGCACACGGAUAUGGAGGUCCCGUCAACUGGUUUUUAUCUUUACCAUUAUGGCGGUUACCGGGCAGACUCACUUACGGAAUGUAUUUAUUUCACUAUCCCAUUAUAGUGGUUGUUAACGGUACUAUAAUUGGACUUCAAUACUUUUCUGUACCUAAUGUUAUGUAUCAAGCGUUGUCAUUUAUAGUGCUGUCUUUCAUAGUAUCCUUCAUUCUUACGGUACUAAUAGAAGUCCCAUUUACGUUUAUCUUCAAACGUCUCCUUGAAAAAGGACUUUCUAAAUCAAACAAUACGAAGAAGAUUGAUGAAAUCGAAGCAUUUGAAAUAGAGUCCAGGAAGGAUCAAGAUUAGUGUUUGUAGCUUGUGACAAAACUAUGAAAAUUUUUACUUAAUUCGGAGGAAGAUUAGGUUUAGGUACUUUAUCUAACCCUAAUUAGGUUUUCGAUAGUUUUAUUUUUAUAGACAUUAUAUUUUUGAUACUAUUCUUUAUAUUUAUUUUAUACAACGCACUGAGGAAUUCGUAACGUUCGAAUUAUGUUACGAAUUUUCGAAGUAUGUACGUGGUUUAUUUUUAAUUAGUUGUAUAUUUUUGAUACUAUUUUAUACAUAAAU